AUAAUUUUAUUGUGUGCCCUGUCUCUGUAGUUUUCAUGUUCUGUUCCAGUGAAGUCCUGACUCAGGCCUUGAAAUAUAUCAACUGUAUUUUAUGUUAUUACACUUGAAGAGGCUCUGAGAAACGAAGGUUGAGGAUCCAAAUGCAGUAUUUAUUUUGAAAGGGUAAUCCAAAAAUGUAAUCCAUAUAACAGGCAAGCGUCAUACACAAACAAACAAUCCAAACAAUAACAGAUCAGGGCUGAGGCCAAGAGAGAAAUCCAAGGAAACAGGCAGAGAAUCAAGAGAACCAGGACACGGGAGAAACGGGAUAAAACACUAAACAAGAUUUGGCAGAGAAUGAAUGAGAAAACCAGGCUUAUAUAGUGUGAGCUAAACAGGAUAAUGAGACACAGGUGAAAGUGAUAAUGGAUGAUGGGCAAAGGAUUAUGGGGAAUGGAGUCUGUGGAGUUCCCUCUGAUGGUAAUCCCGGGCACUCUCACUGGUGACCUUUACAUUUAUAUUAUUAUGAGACGCAUGUGACCGUGCCAAAGGAGUAAUCUCCGGGAGAAUCCAACAGUGGCCCAAAUCAGAGUUUGACUGUGACCCUCAGCAACAUUUCUAGAAUGAUGUGUACAGUUAUUCAGAACCUGUAGUCAUGUUGAGCUGGGGUUAGGUGUGCGUGUGUGUGUGUGUGUGUGUGUGUGUGUGUGUGUUGGUUUUUGUGGUUUACAAGGACUUUUGACCUGAAUACGCACCAGCAUUACAGGGACAUUUGGGUUUAUGAGGACAGGGCCCAUGUCCUUAUAAUUCCGACAGUGUAGAUGCCUUUCUCUAUGUCCCAGAAGCUCCCUCUCAAAGUUUCGCGCCAUGUCCUAAUAUACCACAAAAAUCUGAAAUUUUACUAUACACUGUGUAUCCUCUGAGCUCGGUAGUGCGCCCCUGCAGCCCGGCCCCGGUACUGCAUCCGUGUCAUCGAAAAUUUGCAUAUUUUACACUUGUGUAAGUUUGGAGGCCGCUGAUUGGCUAGAUCGGCAUCGGAAGGCGGGAAAACAAAAUGGCGGCGGUGGGCGGGGCUACAUUCUGCCGCUAAUAGCGCCGUACAAGUAAGUUAAUGCAGUUUGGUAAUUAUUUAAACAUUUUUUGUAAUAAUUUAUCGAUUGUAUUUAAUUAUAUAAAUGCAUACUGAUCGUGCAAUUAAACAUGUUCCUUAAAUAUCAUCAUAUAAAGUAUGAAUGUGACAUCAAAGCUGUAAUUACUCGGUUUAAUAUCUGUAAAUUAAUGUAACGCUAUUAAUGUAACGUUUCAUAGAUGGUUAUUUAAAUAUAUAAUAAUUAUUAUUAUUAUAAUUAUAAAUCCCGUGUACACGUGCUUUAAUCAGCGAGGCAAGUGUGAUUGUUUGUAACUUCCUGUUUGGACCGGACACAAUCUGUGCACCUGAAGCGAAGACAUCUGUGGUGUGAAGCUGUUGGAAACAACUAUUAUAUGAAAGUUCUUAUUGUUAUUAAAGCAGACACAGAGGAUGGCUGAAGGUGUGAGGCGAAGGAGAAAGCUGAAGCCCGUGGAGGAGGCCAUACAGUUUUCACUUGAACAGAAAGACAAGAAUGGACUCGAGGGCAGGUUCAUCAGUCAUCUUAAAGGGAGGGGUGUGUUCAGCUGUACUGACUUUGAGAAAGGAGAUUUCCUGCUGGAAUACAGAGGAGACCUCAUCAGCAAAGAAGAAUGUGAGCGGAGGCAAAGAAUAUAUCACGAUGCACUUAAAGUUUUCAUGUUUGAGUUUCGCUACAAUGGAAAACUCCUCUGUGUCGAUGCAGCCCGAGAUGACGGUUCUCUUGGGCGGCUUGUAAACGAUGACCAUAUUAACCCAAACAGCAGGAUGAAGACGAUUCGUGUGGAUGGAAAACCUCACUUAUGUUUAUUUGCCACAAGGAGCAUCUGUCCUGGUGAAGAGAUCACAUAUGAUUAUGGUGAUUCUGAGUGGCCAUGGAGAUGCACGACUCUUAGUGUGGUUGAACCGUCCACUCUUGAAGUCAACACUCUGUCCCAGUCAGAAGACACAGACGUAGAGAAGACUCUUAGUGUGGUUGAACCGUCCACUCUUGAAGUCAACACUCUGUCCCAGUCAGAAGACACAGACGUAGAGAAGCUGAAAGUUGUCAGUGAUCAGUCAGUGUUGGACUCCAGUAUCUGUGCAGCCUCUGAAGGACUGGAAAAGGUGACUCUGAAGAAGGACCAGUUACUAUUGGAUGAUCAGGACUGUGUUGAGAAGAUGUCACCUGUCAAAGAGCAUGUGUUGAAUGAGGAGCAGAGCUUUUGUGCCCCAGUUGAAGGAGUUAAGGAGGUCUGCAGACAUGUUGUGGUCACUUCAGCAAUAUCAAGCAUGGAUAAAUGUGCUGAAUGUGUGGGACCUGUUGCAGCUCUCAAGUGGAUUGGCCUGAGAUGUAAAUUGUGCUCCAGUUUUUGGCAUAAGUCCUGCUAUCUGAAGCUUCAUGAAUGGGAUGGAAGACGGUCAUCGUGUGAAGUAAGUUCAGAGGAAGAUGAGCUGUCAGAUGAGGAUUACAUACCUCAGUCAGAGUCAGACCAUCAGUCAGACAGUUCAGAUGAGUUGACAACAAGACCAGCACGUUACGACCAAGCUAAACUCUUAGAUAUACAAGCAGCGUCAUCUAAGUUUAGUGAACAUCUGAGAUCAGAUGUAACUACCCUGAAUGUGUCUAAGGGCAAAGGAAAAGGAGUCCUGAAGGUCAUGGAAGCAGCAAGUGUGUAUGAUGAGUCUGAUUUAAUGUGUCAUGAGGAGCAGUUUACUGAUUUUGAGACAGACAGUGAAUCAGACUUUCCCAGAAAGCAAGACUCAGUGGUAUGCAGGUCAACAGAUGUGCUUAUGUCAUCACCUCAAUCACAAAAUAGUAAGCUUUUGAAUUCAAAAAGCACAGUAACAUUGAGAGAAGAGAGGGAACGCAGCAUGGCUGGAGGGGAUCAUUGUGUGCAGUCACCAAAAAUCUCCUGUUCAGCAAAUAGGAAGAAUUAUUGUUACAUCUGUGGGAAACCUCAGUCCAAGCUAGCGCGCCAUUUGAAAACUCAUAUGGCUGAAGUUGAAGUUGUUCAGGCUUUGUCACUCCCAGUACACUCAAAAGAACGUAAAGCAAUGCUGCAAAAGCUCAGGAACAAGGGCAACUUUCAGCAUAACACUGACGUUUUACAGUCUGGAGAGGGGGCUCUUAAAAUAAAACGAGCACCAAAAAGAAAGUGUGAUUCAAAGCAGUUUUUGCAUUGCAUGUACUGCAAAGGGUUGUUUGUACGGAGAGAUCUGUGGCGUCAUUUAAAAAGAUGUCCCUCAAAACCAGCAGCUGACAGUGAAGAGCAAGGGAGGAGGAGAGUCUUGGGCCUGGCAUCUAUGGCAGAGUCUUCAUUCAGUCAGCACAUAUCACAAGGAGUUUGGAAACUCUUAGGUGUGGUGAAGCAGGAUGACAUUUCCGCUGUGGUCAAAAAUGACCUGAGUAUUCUUCAGCUUGCACAGUCGUUUUUUAACAAACAUGGUCAUGACCCUACCAAAUUUGAGUAUAUUCGACAAAAACUCCGUGAAGUUGGAAGAUUGUUGCUGACUUUGCGUAGACAGUUUUCUGUGUACAGUCUUGAAGAAGCUCUGAAACCUGCCAAUUUUCAUAGACUUAUUCGAGCGGUUCAAAUGGUAUCUGGCUAUGAUGCUGAGAGCCACUGCUACCAAAGCCCAAGCCUUGCCCUGAAACUGGGGCAUUCGUUGAAUAAGAUUUGUGAAAUCAUUCAGUGCCGAGCACUGAUGUCUGAAGACAAGGAAUUGAUCUCAUCAACAGAGACCUUCAAAAAGCUCUACUCCUCAAAGUGGUCUGAGAUGAUCUCACACACUGCUUUGGUGACACUGAAUGAGGCCAAAUUUAACAAGCCAUCAACACUUCCCUUCACCCAGGAUGUCCAGUCUCUUCAUCAGCUCCUUGAGAAGACUGCACAUACUGCUUUUCAUAAACUACAAGAGACUGCAUCUCCUCAAAGCUAUGCAGAACUGGCCAAAGCAACACUCACCAGAAUCAUUGUUUUCAACCGCAGACGUGCAGGAGAGGUCUCUAAAAAGAAGAUGUAG